GAGGAGGAAGCGGCGAGCAUGGCCAGCAACUCCAGUGCACUGACCCGGGUGACUUUUCAGACUCCAGAGAAACCUGGGGAGGAAUCAUCACACAGGAAACUGGGGAAGUUAACCAUAAAGUACAACCGCAAAGACCUACAGCGCUGGCUGGACCUGGAGGAGUGGAUCAAUGCCCAGCUGCAGGAGCUGUACCAAUGCCGGCUAAGAGAGGAAACAGAGGCAGCAGCUCCUGAACCACAAAUUGAUCUUGAAGAUCUCCUGGAGGUCCCUAAUGAAGAACAGAAACUAAAACUACAGGAAAUUCUCCAUGAGUGCUCCAGCCCAACAGAGGACUUCAUUACGGAAUUGCUUAGUCGAUUGAAAGGUCUCCGGAGAGUCACCAAUCUUCAGAAGAAAUGACCUUCUCCACAUGGAACACCCAGCUUUGGUCACAAGGAAAUGUGUAUCUUCCCCACAAAAACCAGGAUCAGCAACAUCACUUCAGAGUAUGUUUAGGACUUACUGUUAUUGAGAAACAUCACCAAGUUUGUGAACUUUCUACCAGUGGUUUGAAGUCUCCACUCCUUCCAGAUCUACACAUACAGCAGGAAGCUAGAUUGUACAUUUUCCUGAUUUUAAAGGGCAUGCUAACCUGUGGA